AUGGCGGGCUGUUGGCCGUUGUUCGCCGCGGUCCCUGGUCAGUCCGUGUCUAUGGGUCUGGUGGCCAUGCGUUUCGUAUUUCACGUCCCGAUGCGUUGCAGCGGGUCCGGCCGGGGGUUGUCUCUCAUAGACGGAGAGGUCCCCGGGGACCCGCGAGCGGUCUGUCACGUGGUACGUCGCCUGGCUCGUAGGUGGGUCGAGUCUGGGGUCGAAGUGGUCGAUGUGUCUAAUGUUGUGUUGUGGGUUGGCUGUAGUUGUGGGCGGUCCCGUUGUUUGGUUGGGGUCGCGCGCAACGUGCUCGGGUCCGUUGUUGACGGACCGCUGGGCGGCGUUGAGACGCAACUGCGUUGGGACGCAGCGGCGUUGAGACGCAACUGCGUUGGGACGCAACUGCGUUGGGACGCAACUGCGUUUGAGAAGCAGCGGCGUUAA